UGUGCAGGUGCAUCUAACCAGACAUUCAUGUAGGAUAGAGAGUGUGAUAUAUAGGAGGAAUGGUGCAGGUUGGUUUUAUAGCAUAUGGACAAUAUUUACAGAUGGAUCUGUUAAAUAAUGAAUCGUAAGUAGACUGAUGAUGACACAAUUGGUAAAUAACAUAAACAUUGAUGAAAUCAUUAAAGACUAAAUCCACGUUCAUCUUUAGUCGUUUUCUUUCAGCUUCGUGCGUUUUAUUUUGAAACUAUUUUAAAAAGUCUACCUGGAGGGCGCUGGUUGUCCUGGAGACGGGGGGAGGGGGAGGGGGAGGAGCCAGUGCGCUCUGCAGAACCAAUGACAGAGCCGUUUGCAACAGGUGAGCAGAAAACACACACCUGACACCUGGCAGCGUGACGCGUAGGGAGAGGAGGCCCCUGGGAGCCAACAUCCUGCCACAACAAGCGACGGGACGUGUUACCGGAGAAGACAGGACCAUUUGACCGGCGGAGGAGCCGCAGAUCCGGAUUAACACGACACUGAAGGCCUGAGGACAGAAACGAGCCAAGUGUUCUUUCACAAAGAGCUGGGGGGAAGUCUGGGAGGAUUAUUUUAGCUUCAUUAAUCAGCUCCACUUUAAUCCGGUUUGUUCUACAACUAUGUGUCCAGAGACCGGGAGCAGCAGCGCAUAGGACCCGGGUCUGCUGCCUCGUCCCCUGAGGCUUCAUCUCUCUUCUUUCUUUAUUCCGCCGACGGGUGAUUUAAUCCUAAAGCUCACCUGCUGACGGCGGCGCCAUGAUCAGCUCGGAGGGUCUGAGGCCGACCUCCAACGGCCGUAAGCCGCUGGGGAAGCUCGCGUCCCGGCUGGAGGAGGCGAAGAACCCGUGGCGCCAGGGCUCCACGCUGGAGCUGAGCCACAACGAGGCGGCGCGUCUGGCCACGGACGCGCUGCUGGAGCACGGGGAGAAGGAGUACCGCAGGGUCCUGGCGGAGGAGCGGGAGCUCAGCUUCCUCUCCCCGCUUGAGAUCCGCUACAUCGGGCAGCAUGCGGUCAGCAAAGCGUGCGCCCCUGACAGCAGCGGCGGCGCCGGUGCCCCGGACUUCGGGGACGGAGACGCCGUGUCCGAGCUCACCUCCGGGACCUACUUCCCCAUGAUGUCCGACGAGGACCCGCCGAUGCUGGAGCUCGGCUGGCCCUCGCCCCCGGCGAGGUACGGACCGUCUGAGACGCAGAUCUUCUUCCAGAGGGACAAAUCCCACAACAUCAAGGACCUCAUCAGGUCCCUGAUCAACAAGGCCAAGAAGGUCAUUGCGCUGGUGAUGGACGUGUUCACCGAUGUAGAUCUGCUCUGUGACCUCAUGGAGGCGUCCAACAAGCGCCGGGUCCCCGUCUACAUGCUCCUGGAUGAGAAGAACCUCAGCUACUUCAUGGAGAUGUGCUCGGCACUGGACCUCGAGUACUCACAUCUGAGUAACAUGCGCAUUCGUAGCGUCUGUGGUGACACCUACUGCACCAAGAGCGGCAAGAAGUUCACUGGCCAGGUCCUGGAGAAGUUCAUGAUCAUCGACUGUGAGGACGUCAUCGCCGGCUCGUACAGUUUCACCUGGCUCUCGGCUCAGGUUCACAGUAACAUGGUGAUGCACUUCUCGGGUCGGAUCGCCGACAGCUUCGACCGGGAGUUCCGCUGCCUUUACGCCGACUCGCAGAUCAUCGAGACCUUGUCUAACCCCGAGGACGACGAGGGGCCGAUCUACUACCCGUCGUACCCAGCCAUGAUGGGCCCGGGUCUGGGUCUGGAUCUGCUGCCUGACAGGCAGCGUGACAGAGGAUUCUCUGAAAACUCCAGCAGCCAAUCAAGUGACAGCGUGUCCAGUGUGAAGGCGGCUCCCGGGAUGAGCACCAACACCGUCUACAAGGUGACUCACGACAAGAAGGAACCUGCCACCAACUCUCGGCCGAGCCCCGAGCGGAGAGGGGGGGGCGGCAGCGACCGAGGCAUCGGGAGCGUGACGUCAGGAGUGCGAGGCUCUGCUAAUGGAGGAACCAAUCACGGCCCGAUUCCCGACCGCCCUCCGCCGGCCUACGUCCAGCCCAUGGGCAUCGAGUGGAACAAGCCCAACCCGGCGGACGUCAUGCGCGCCAACAUCGGAGGCACCUCCUCGAAGUUCCAGGCGCUAGGGUUGUACGAUCACAAGCCGAGCGGGUUCCACAGCAGCCCCAACUCCAACCUGACCCCCAAGAUCCCCAUGCCCACCCCUGCCAACGACGGCAAGCCCAUCCCCAAGCAGAGGACUCCUCCGAACCAGUUCAUGAACAAACUGUCAGACCUUUUCCUGGCGCCCUCCUCCAAAGACAAAGACCCCUACACCUACCAGAGGUCACCGUCCCCUCACGGCUCCUCGCCCUGGGGAGGACCGGACCUUUCUCAGCCCGAGCCGGAGAGCCAGCAGAGCCCCCCGCCCCCCCCGGCUUUCAUGAACCGCCAAGACCAGAAGAGGAUGACGCUGGGCCACAGCAAGCUGGACCUGGUCAACCAGUACAACAAGAUGAAGUCCAAGCAGGUUUACAGCCGCUUCGAGCUCAAGAGCAGCAACUAGAAGGGACUCCACAGACCGGGGGGCUGGGGUGGAGGAGGCAUCUUUUUACAGACAUUACCCUGGACCGCGUUUCUGAUAUCGGCAAAGGAAUCGAGCCAUGGCAACCAUUUUGGUUCUGCACAGUUUUGAAACAGUUCUGCCUCUUUUAUCUUUUUAUUGUGUUGGCGGUUGAAGUUUAUGAAACUAAUUUCAUUUGUAAGAAGCAGCUGCAGUUGAUCUGUUCGCUGAGGCUUGAAAAUGGAAGAAAAUGUGAAUGUUUCUGACUCUCUGUUGGGGUUUUUCUACAUGUUUUCUAUGAAAUGACGAUCUCUCUCUUUGUGUGAACUUAUUAAGCUGCAGUAAUUGUGCAGAUUUUUUAACGUCAAAAUCUUUUAUUCUUCAAACAGUCGAAUCAAUCAAUGUUUUCUGGUUUCGUCUAUCUACAUGUGCCUUGAUCAUUCCGCCUUAAGGUUUCGUUAGUAAGCUGACGUCUCCAGUGAAUCGACGUGGAGGUACGAAUGACUUUUGUUGGCGUGUUGUAAAUAGUUGUGUGGAGGUAUUUCCUGCUGAAUCUUUUCCAGGUUUGUAUAAAGCUCAUGUGUUAUUACAUGAAUGAUGACGUGCUUCAUCACUCUGCACUACAGGGCUCCUGAAAUGACUCGUUCUGCUGUUACCAUGAGCAAUAAUGAUUGAUUUCCAUCAAUUAUCCUGUGAUGCACGUUGUUGUUUCUGUUUACUGCUCAUAUCAAUGGGCUCAGUACUCGUUGUCUCAUCCAAUCAGCCGGACUAAUCUCCUCUGUGUCCUCUGAUUGGCCGUUUAAUGUGUAUUAUACUGUAAAUACAUUAAGUGCCCGUCAGGAAUUUUGGGUUUAUUGUAAAAAAACGACUCUUUAUUGUAAAAAACAACUCUUACACUAAUUUGUUUCACUUUUGCAUUUUUUUUGUUAUUCACUAGAGAAUGUGAACACCAGUUCAGUCUUUAAGUUGGUAUUAAUUUGUAAAGUUUAAUAAAAACAAACAAAGAGUCA